GGAUUUCACCGCCUUUGAUCUGAAAAGGUUUAGGCUCGUCAGCCAGAUUUAGUGAUCGCGAAUCUCGGACGGCAGAAACAGAGAGCAAGACGGUUAAAAACGUAGAAGCAAACAGCAGAAGGUAAAACUCCCCUACUACUUUAUCAUUUAAUAUGUCAGACACACAAAAGGAAACGUGCAGAAACAUGCAGAUGAUUUCACUGGAAGAGGCCUCUGAGAAAAGACCAGCUGAAAACGAAGCUGCAAAGAAGGAGUUGGUGGAGCUCCAGAGACAACACGAGGAGGAGAGAAGAAGAAUGGAGGAGGUAAAGAGGGAAACUGUGUUAGUCCUGAAGGUCCUGAAAGAAGAAAAGAGCAAAUUACAGAAGGCAAAGUACUCAACUGAAACGGCAGAACUUCAAGAAGAAAUUGCAGAGCUGAAAUUAAAAAGGGCAAACAUAGAAUUGAUGGAAGGCAAGGAAAAACUGCGAGAGAAGAGAGAAGAAAUAGAAAAGGCCAACAAGGACCUGAAGGACAUAAGUAAGGAAGUUGAGAAGGUAAUGAAGAGACUGGGGGAGGCUCAGAAGGCUCUGGAUAAGGAGAAGAAAAAGCUGCAAGAGACAACAAAUAAAUCUGAAAACACUAAGAAAGAGUUGCGGGAGGUCCAAGCAGCGUUAGAGGAGGAGAAAAGGGCAAUAAAAGAAAUGAGGAUGGAAUCUGAAAAAUCAACAAAGGAAUUGUUGGAGAUUCCGACAUCCCUGAAAGAGGAAAAAAGAGCUCUGGAAGAGGUAAAUAUGGAAACUGAAAGCGUAAAAAAGGAAACUGAAAGUUUAAAGAUGGAAUUGUUGGAGGUCCAGAAGUCCUUGAAAGAGGGAAAAAGAGCUCUGCGAGAAGCAGAGAUGGAAUCUGAAAGUGUAAGAAAGGAAGCAGACAGUUCAAAGAAGGAAUUGUUGGAGCUCCAAAGGGAAAUGGAAGAGGAGAAGAAGGCAAUGCUGGAUGCCAAGAAAGCAACUGAAGUUGCUAAAAUGGAAUGCGAAAAUGUUACAGUGGAAGCCGAGAUGGCAACACUGAAACUUGAAAAUAUAAAGAUGGAAUUGUUGGAGGUCCAGAAGUCCUUGAAAGAGGAGAAAAGAGCUCUGCAAGAAGCAGAGAUGGAAUCUGAAAGUGUAAGAAAGGAAGCGGACAGUUCAAAGAAGGAAUUGUUGGAGCUCCAAAGGGAAAUGGAAGAGGAGAAGAAGGCAAUGCUGGAGGCCAAGAACGCAACUGAAGUUGCUAAAAUGGAUUGCGAAAAUGUUACAGUGGAAGCCGAGAUGGCAACACUGAAACUUGAAAAUAUAAAGAUGGAAUUGUUGGAGGUCCAGAAGUCCUUGAAAGAGGAGAAAAGAGCUCUGCAAGAAGCAGAGAUGGAAUCUGAAAGUGUAAGAAAGGAAGCGGACAGUUCAAAGAAGGAAUUGUUGGAGCUCCAAAGGGAAAUGGAAGAGGAGAAGAAGGCAAUGCUGGAGGCCAAGAAAGCAACUGAAGUUGCUAAAAUGCAACGUGAAAAUGUUACAGUGGAAGCCGAGAUGGCAACACUGAAACUUGAAAAUACAAAGAUGGAAUUGUUAGAGGUCCAGAGAGUGCUGGAGGAGGCAAAAAGCCAAGAAGCAGAAGGGCCUGAUGCUGUGGUGACAGAGGAGUGUGAAGAUGUGCACAAACAGGAAGAAACAAAAAAGGUGCUGAAAAAGAAGAAAAGGUCAAAGAUGAGCCGUAUUUGCAGCUGGUUCAGCUGUAUCAAAGGGGCUCCGGAGGAGGAUGACUAACUUCACUCCUGGCAUUAGUUUCCUCUUUCUCCCUCCCCUCUCUACUUUUUCUUCAUCUUCUUCACCCAACAACUUCCAGUCCAUUUCCUCUGUCUCCCUCGUCCACGCUUUUCUAUCCUCCCUCCACCUCUCUUCAUUGCCCAUCUCUUCACACUUUCCUCUUUUAUCCUCCCUCUUUCCCCAACUCUCUACUCGUUCCUCCUCUUUCACCCUUACUCCACUCCCCGUUCUCUUCAUCUCUACAUGUUGCUUCAGCUCCUACUCAGUUGGAAGAAGACCCCAAAGACACUCAGCUACAUGUUACCUGGCCUGAGAACACCUGAGGCUCCUCUGGGAGAAACUAUAAAAGA